UAAAAUUAUCUUGAAUGUUGUUUGUUGUAAGUUACUUUUGUUCACAAAUUUAUCCUGUGUAAAAGGGUAAUAUUAGGUUAAAGUUGACUGAGGUUGAGUUUUUAGUCUGUUUGUGGUGCGUAACUAUUACUACACUUACAUUGUACAAGAUUGUACAUUAGAAGACUGACUCGUUUUUAUCAGUACCGUACAUCAUGCCCAUAGCAGUAAAUGUGAAAGAACAACAGCUAGGUUCAUUAUUGAAACUUACAUGUAUAGUAAACCUUUGUCAUGAGAAUGAGAAACCUUGUAUGGAAAAAAUAACUGCAGAUUACAAUGUAAAUGACUUGGCUAAGGUAAAUAUAAAAUUUGAGUGUAUUACUAAAACAACACCUCUUAACUGUAGCAUUUUAGCACGGAAUCAUGAAAAAGCUGAAGAUUGUAAAAUUAAAGUGAAAGUAUCUUGUCAAGAAACGGACGAACCAAGUUAUCUAGAAUGGAUUUGUGAAGAUCAAUAUAAACUAAUUGGAGGGAGGUGGAUUUGUGAUGUAACCUUAAAUAAUAUGCACACAAGCAUGUGGAAUAUUAAUAUCACUGCAAACAAGGUUGAAGAAUCAUACCUAACAAAUUUUUAUAAUGACAUAGAUUUUACUGACUUUAACUUGAGUGCUCUUGAUGGAAGCGUGGCAGUCCAUAGGGCAUAUUUAGCAGCCCAUAGUGAUGUGUUCCGAGCAAUGUUAAGGAACGAGUGGAAGGAGGCAACGGAGGGCUGUGUCCAGAUGGAGGGAGUCACUCGGCAGACCCUCCAGCACUUGAAGGACUAUAUGUACCUCCACACUUUGCCUGAAGAAGGCCUUGAGCCACUACUAUUGCUAGCUUCAUACUACCUAAUGGAUGAUCUGAAAGAACAGUGUGUCUCUAAGUUAGCUCUCAAUUGUACAUCUAAAGAGUGGAGUAGACUUCUAGAAUUUGCUGUGGUGAAUAAAAUAUCUGAAUUGAUUAGUGGCCUGAUGCUGAAUUCAGCACCUGCUGUUCAAAAUCAGAAGAAGGAGCUCAAGGAGCUUGAAGAUAAAUAAUAAAAACAAUAUAGUGGAGACCAUAAUUUUUAUAUGUUUAAAAGUAGAAUUUAAAAUAUUUUAAACAUUAAAUAAUUACUCAAAAACUUUAUCUAUGGUUAAAUGUUACUUGAAGUUACAGUUUAUUUAAUUUGAUUUAAUUACAUAUUUUUAGUAAUACCAAGUUUUUCCUUAGCUUUCUUUAAAGAAACCCUGAUUUAUAUCCCGGGUUCUGUCUGGCCCUCAUUGGGCAAGAUAAAGAAUAAUAAUAAUAAUUUGA